UUGGUAUCUUACAGUUCAUACAGAACUACUAUACUAGCAAUUUUAGGGAAAUUCACUGAAUCAAAUUCGUCGCAAUUUUUUGAAAAAUGUUCUCAAGAUCAGCUCUGCGUCCUUUGACUUUGGCUGCCUUUCGUUCGGCUGCCACCAAUUCUGCCCGAGGAGCCAUCAAGCUCCCAGCGCUUGGACAUCCCGAAAAGGAUCGCCUCGGCUUUCUGCCCGAGAAUUGGGUCAAAGGACCCGUGGGCGUCGGCGUGUUGGCCUAUAUCUGCUCCGGGGACUUCUGCGCCAUGAGGCACGAGCACAGCGGACUCUAUAUUGGCCUCAUGGAGGACGAGUACUACAGCAGUGGACUGACACUUGGUAUCCUGGCCGCCUUCGCUGUGAUGAAGCUCGUUCCACUGAUUGCCAAUUGGACUGAUGUCGAGGUCAAUAAAAUUGAGUCUGGCAACGAGGCUGAGUUAAAAGUCCUGUGUAUCGCACCCCCUCUGGAGAAGAAGAACCUCAACCAGGACAAUGUCAGUCGAAGCAGCUAAACGAUUUUAAUUUUUGUAUUACAUUUUAUAAACCUUAUCUAAGUAAAAUAGCCUCAAAAUAUCGGUGUGUAAAAAAA